CGGCGGGCCGGGCGCGGCCUGGCGCAACCGGUGCUGCGCUUGCAUCAGCCGCCGCCCGCACGUGCUGUACCGGUCCCCUUCUCCGGGGCAGCGCUGGGCUCCCGGCGGGAUGGAGCGUGGCUGGGAGCUCCUCGGGGCUGGAGAUGCCCCCUCGGGUGCUGAGUGGGGUGGGUCCCGAGGGGGAUUGACGGCCCCCGGGUUGCGGCGGGGUGCGGGGCUUCGAGCAGCUGAGCACCACCCACGAGAGGACUUUGAGGGAAAAAUGAGCAGUGUUGGGAAGAAGCUGAUCCGCCGGCGCGUGGUGGAUCUGAGCUCCGAGGACACGCGUUUCGCUCGCUGCCUCUCCACGCUGGACCUCAUAGCCCUGGGAGUUGGCAGCACACUGGGGGCUGGCGUGUACGUGCUGGCUGGGGAGGUGGCCAAGGAUAUGGCUGGUCCCUCCAUCGUCCUCUGCUUUUUGGUGGCUGCUCUCUCAUCGGUACUGGCCGGACUCUGCUACGCAGAGUUUGGGGCCCGCGUCCCCAAGACUGGCUCUGCCUACCUCUACAGCUACGUCACCGUUGGCGAGAUCUGGGCUUUCACAACUGGCUGGAACCUCAUUCUCUCCUAUGUGAUAGGUACGGCCAGCGUGGCUCGAGCCUGGAGCGCGGCGUUUGACAACAUCAUUGACAACCACAUCUCCAACUUCUUCACGAACAAGACCACACUGCACCUGCCAGGGGUGCUGGCCGAGCGCCCGGACUUCUUUGCCCUGAUCCUGAUUGGGAUGCUCACUGCGCUGCUCGCCUUUGGCGUCAACGAGUCUGCCAUCGUGAACAAAAUCUUCACGGCGAUGAACCUGGUGGUGCUGGGCUUUGUCAUCAUCGCUGGCUUCGUGAAGGGAGACAUCAAGAACUGGCAGCUCUCAGAGGAGGACUACAUCAACCUCUCGUACCUGCAGCCACUGGUCAAGAAAGCAGACUUCGGCUCCGGUGGGUUUGUCCCCUUUGGGCUGGAAGGGAUCCUGACUGGUGCUGCCACUUGUUUCUACGCCUUUGUGGGCUUUGAUUGCAUCGCCACCACAGGGGAGGAAGCCAAGAACCCCCAACGCUCCAUCCCCAUUGGCAUCAUCGUGUCCCUCCUCAUCUGCUUCGUGGCUUAUUUCGGGGUCUCUGCAGCUCUGACCCUCAUGGUGCCCUAUUUCCUCCUGAACAAGAAGAGCCCCUUGCCUGAGGCUUUCAAGGCAGUGGGCUGGGAGCCCGCCCGGUACGCUGUUGCUGUUGGCUCACUCUGUGCCCUCUCCACCAGCUUGUUGGGUUCCAUGUUCCCUAUGCCUCGUGUGAUCUAUGCCAUGGCGGAGGAUGGGCUGCUCUUCAAGUUCCUGUCCAGCAUCAACAGCCGCACAAAGACCCCUCUGUCAGCCACCAUCACCUCGGGGCUCCUCGCAGCCGUGAUGGCCUUCCUGUUCGACCUGAAGGACCUGGUGGACCUCAUGUCCAUCGGCACGCUGCUGGCCUACUCCCUGGUGGCAGUGUGUGUGCUCAUCCUCCGGUACCAGUCUGGGCAGCUGAACUCCCCGAAGGCUAUGGAAAUGCUGGAGCAGAACGGGAAUGAGGAGGAGAGGGUGAUCAUGAACCCGACCGUCACCACCACCAGCGCCCAGCAGAAGGAGACGCUGUCCCUGGCGACGCUCUUCAACCCUCCCACGGACACCCCCACCGCGCUCUCGGGGCGCAUCGUCUAUGUCUGCGUGUCGCUCAUAGCCACGCUGAUCACCAUCAUCUGCGUGGUGCUGACCCUCGAGGUGUCGGCACUGAAGGCCGGCAGCGUGGGCUGCAUCGCGGCACUGGCACUGCUCAUCGCGGCCCUGCUCAUUCCCACCAUCAUCAUUUGGAGGCAGCCACAGAGCAACGCGCGGUUGAACUUCAAAGUACCUUUCCUCCCCCUCCUGCCAAUUUUCAGCAUCUUUGUGAACAUCCUGCUGAUGGUACAGCUGAGUGCUGGUACUUGGGUACGGUUUGCUGUCUGGAUGGCCGUGGGUUUUAUGAUUUACUUUGGCUAUGGGAUCCGAAACAGCGUGGAAGGGAAAACCGCGGAGGAAACCUGCGCCGCAGGAGAAAAGCCUCUGCACCAGCCUGCACUGAACUCUGGCCCCAGCGCUGCUGCAGUCUGAGGGACCAGGCACCGGCACUCCAAGGACCUCGGCCAGUAUUCCCGCUUUGAGAUACGGUACAUCCAUCCCCCCUCCCACAGGAGCAAGUCCCAAGAGCCAGGACCAGGGAGCCAGGUCAUGCAUUGCGCAUUCCCCUCUCAGAGUACAGGUACCAGAGAUGAGCU